AUGCUAUGUGGUUAUACUUUUCAACCAGCGCGCACAACGAGAACAACUCAGAGCACACUUUCGCCUACCUCAUUGCCCUCGAAUGCUAGCGAGAGUAAAGCUACGUACUCUAGUGACGACAAUACGGAUAUGGCGCUAUCAGCAAACAAUGUUAGGAUCUUGGUCAGAGCAGUAGUCGGCAUUGCCAGUCUUGUUGCUCUUGGAACGAAAGGGCGUGAUACGAGGAACGAAAUUGAAAGCGGAAUGGCGUACGAAAGGGAGGAACGAAAGGGCGUGGCGUGGUACGAGGAACGAAAGGGCGUGGUACGAGGUACUAAAGGGAGGAACGGGAAGGGCGUGGCGUGGUACGAGGAACGAUACGAGUCGAGUAACGGAAUGGCGUGGUACGAGGAACGAAAGGGCGUGGUACAAGUACGAAAGGGCGUGGUACGAGGAUGUCAGGAUCAUUUGCACAGUGCAGAUCAGGCAGUUGAAAAGACGCUUAUUGUCCGGAUUUGA